AAAAAAAAAAAGAAGAAAUCCCAAGUCGCGUCCCGACGUCUCCGGGCCCCGCGGCCGCAGCGGCCGCCCCACAUUCCUGGCAUUCCUGGGCCGUGACUCCCCGCGCCGCCCCGGCCCCAGCACAGCCCCGGCCCUCGCCGCCUCCGACUCGCUCGCUCGCUCGCCCCCGCGGGACAGCAGUCCCCUCCCUCCUCCCGCACCCCGCGGGCAACGGCAGCAGCUCCGGGCGUCCCGGCCCCCUGCGCCGCCGCCGUCGGCGGCCCCAGCUGCGCCCGCCCCGCCGAAAUUCCCCGCCGUGGCCGGGCCGGGGCGGCGGGAGCGGGUCUCCCCCAGGGAGGAAGGCGGCCGCCUUCUGGGCCGGGAGAGCCGCCUCCCGCGGGAGCGCACAAAGCCGGAGCCGCCGCCCAGCAGGGAAGAGUCUUGGCUACCCGUUCCCUGCCCUGUGCCGCCUUCUCCUGCCUGCAGAAUCUGCAUCUCCACAAGUGGGAUUCAUCGAGAUAGUGCUGCUGCAGUCCCUUUCAAGUAUUGGAAUUCCUUGGAGCCUGCCCUGGGAAUGGACAGCUACCUCCAUUUCUGGAGGAGAGUAGUGCCAAUUGAAGAGGCCUUCAAGGCAAGUCGACAAGUGUGCUGAUACUCUUCUAAGAGUAAAGGGAAGAGACAGUCUUCUAGGUCAACAGCCAUGCCUUUCGGGCUGAAACUACGACGGACCAGACGCUACAAUGUCUUGAGCAAGAACUGCUUUGUGACACGGAUCCGUCUGCUGGACAGCAAUGUCAUUGAGUGCACUCUCUCUGUGGAGAGCACAGGGCAGGAGUGCUUGGAAGCUGUUGCUCAGAGGCUGGAAUUACGUGAGACACACUACUUUGGCCUUUGGUUUCUCAGCAAGAGCCAGCAAGCCCGCUGGGUUGAACUGGAAAAGCCUCUGAAGAAGCAGCUGGACAAAUUUGCCAAUGAGCCUUUGCUUUUCUUUGGGGUAAUGUUCUACGUUCCCAGUGUUUCCAGACUGCAGCAGGAGGUGACAAGAUAUCAGUAUUACCUACAAGUGAAAAAGGACAUUCUUGAUGGCCGAUUACGUUCUUCAUUGGAGCAGGGAAUUCGACUAGCUGGUUUAGCAGUGCAAGCGGAUUUUGGAGACUAUCAUCAGUUUGAAUCUCAUGACUUCCUCCGAGAAUAUGUCUUGUUUCCUAUGGACUGGACCCAGGAUGAAGCUGUCCUGGAGGAACUGACACAGAAGGUUGCGCAAGAACACCGAACUCACAGUGGCGUUACAGCAGCAGAGGCUGAGCUAAUGUACAUCAAUGAAGUGGAACGCCUUGAUGGGUUUGGACAGGAAAUGUUCCCUGUGAAGGAUAAUCAUGGAAAUGACAUACACCUCGGUAUUUUCUUCAUGGGAAUCUUCAUAAAAAACAGAAUUGGAAGGACAACUGUGAUCUAUAGGUGGAAUGACAUUGGGAAUAUUGCACAUAACAAGUCUUCAAUUGUUCUAGAGCUGAUCAACAAGGAAGAGAAUGUGCUCUUUCACACAGAUGAUCUUGAAAAUGCCAAAUAUAUCUCACGGCUGUUUGCAGCAAGACAUAAGUUUUACAAACAGAACAAAAUCUGCACAGAACAAUCAAGUUCUCCUCCCCCUAUCCGACGACGGCCCACUUGGAGUAGAUCAUCUUUGCCAAGACAGCAUCCAUUUAUACUGCCUCCUAUGCAUGUCCAGUGUGGAGAUCACUACACUGAAACACAUAAUUCACAAGACAGCAUUUUCCAUGGAAAUGAAGAAACUUUCUACUGUAGGUCUCAGACCAGCUUGGACAGGUGUCCAGUGGACUUCAGCUACUUGAAUGGUAAUGGACCUAAUGGGAGCGUAUGCAGUGCACACAGCAUGAACUCCCUCAAUCGCUCACAGAACUUCAUCCAGGCAUCUCCAAUGUCCUCAAAUCUGAGCAUCCCUGGAAGUGACAUCAUGAGAGCAGACUAUAUCCCCAGCCACAGACAUAGUGCAAUCAUAGUCCCAUCUUACCGACCAACUCCAGAUUAUGAAACUGUCAUGAGGCAAAUGAAGAGAGGGGUGAUCCAGAUGGAUAGCCAAAGUCAGUCUUUGAGGAAUCUCAAUAUUGGAAACACACAUGCUUACAACCAGCCAGAAGACCUAGUUUACAGUCAGCCUGAGAUUAGAGAGAGGCAUCCUUAUACAGUUACUUAUGGGCCUCAGGGUGGUGGCUAUAACAAGCCUGUUACCCCCUCUGACCAAAUGAACCCUAACAAUGCUGUGCAAAAUAAGACAGCAGCCAGUGCCAUAUCACACACAGUUAGCACGCCAGAACUGGCUAACAUGCAGCUGCAGAGCAGCCAGAAUUACAAUACUGCUCAUAUGUUAAAGAACUAUCUCUUCAGACCCCCACCUCCGUACCCGCGCCCACGUCCUGCCACCAGCACACCUGACCUUGCAAGCCACCGGCACAAAUACGUCAGCGGGAGCAGUCCUGACUUGGUCACACGCAAAGUCCAGCUCUCAGUAAAGACCUUCCAAGAGGACAGCUCGCCGGUUGUCCGUCAGUCGCUGCAGGAGGUCAGCGAGCCCCUCCUUGCAGUGAAGCACCACGCAGCUGUGAACAAGCGCCAUAGCUUGGAAGUCAUCAGCAAUAUGGUACGUGGUAUAGAAGCCAUGGCAUUAAAAACUUUAAACGCUCCUCUGCCACGCAGGAACACCUUGCGGGAGCAAGUACAGCCAGAAGAGUCGGUUCAGAUGGCGCAUGAAGUUCAGCAGGUUCCUCAUUAUCAUCACAAAAAGACGUUCUCUGAUGCCACCAUGCUGAUACACAGUAGUGAAAGCGAAGAGGAAGAAGAAACCACAAAAUCUGUGUCACAGAUAAGAGCCCUCCAUGAGGACAUGAAGUAUAGUGCUCAGUUGCAAGCUGCCUUGGCUAGAAUACCAAAUAAACCUCCUCCAGAAUAUCCUGGGCCUCGUAAAAGUGUUAGCAAUGGAGCCCUCAGGCAGGACCACGUUAGUGCUUCUGUGGCUGUAGCCAGGGCCAAGGCCAUGAGGCCAGGGCCUCCCAAGGCCAUCAGUGUGUCUCGGACAGAUCAAGUGGCAAUAAAUGGGUCCUCGCUCGGGCCCUCUAUCUCAGAGCCUGACCUCACGAGCGUAAAGGAAAGGGUCAAGAAAGAACCUGUCAAGGAAAGGCCCGUGUCUGAAAUGUUUUCUAUUGAGGACAGCAUUAUAGAAAGAGAAAUCAUGAUGAGGAAUCUAGAAAAGCAGAAGAUGGCAGGCCUGGAGGCCCAGAAGAGGCCCUUGAUGUUGGCAGCUCUGAACGGACUCUCGGUUGCUAGGGUUCCAGUGCCGGAGGACAGCCAGGAUGAAGUAGCCAAGGUGCCAAUGGAUGAGAGGUGCAAAAUCUUGAAGAGGAAGUUGGAAGAGGGGAUGGUGUUUACAGAAUACGAGCAGAUUCCAAAGAAAAAGGCAGAUGGGAUCUUCACCACUGCUGCCUUGCCUGAAAACACUGAGCGCAACCGCAUCAGGGAGGUUGUUCCUUAUGAGGAGAACCGAGUGGAGCUGGUGCCGACCAAAGAAAAUAACACAGGCUACAUCAAUGCUUCACAUAUAAAGGUUACUGUAGGCGGGGAGGAGUGGCACUACAUUGCUACCCAGGGGCCUCUGCCACACACAUGUCAUGACUUCUGGCAGAUGGUAUGGGAACAGGGGGUGAAUGUUAUAGCCAUGGUCACAGCUGAAGAGGAGGGAGGAAGAAGUAAGAGUCAUCGUUAUUGGCCUAAACUAGGCUCUAAGCACAGCUCAGCCACUUAUGGGAAGUUCAAGGUGACAACCAAGUUCCGCACGGACUCCGGCUGCUAUGCAACCACUGGUCUGAAGGUCAAGCAUCUUCUCUCUGGAGAUGAGAAGACAGUGUGGCAUUUGCAGUAUACUGACUGGCCGGACCACGGGUGUCCAGAUGAAGUUCAAGGCUUUUUAUCUUACUUGGAGGAGAUACAGUCAGUGCGUCGCCACACCAACAGCGUGCUGGACAGCAGCAACAACUGCAACCCUCCUAUCGUGGUUCACUGCAGUGCAGGGGUAGGAAGGACUGGAGUGGUUAUCCUAACAGAGCUGAUGAUUGGGUGCUUGGAGCAUAAUGAAAAAGUGGAUGUCCCUGUGAUGCUGAGACACCUGCGGGAGCAGAGAAUGUUUAUGAUCCAGACCAUAGCCCAGUACAAAUUUGUCUAUCAAGUGCUCAUCCAGUUCCUGCAAAACUCCAGACUUAUUUAAUCUCUUCAGACAUCUCAGAGCCAGUCUUGUGGAUCUGACUGAACCUUUCUAAUGAAUGAGGGGAACUGCCUUGACAACACAGUGUGCAAUCCAUGUUGCUCUUUUUAAAGUUGUCUUGAAAGUAAGGAAUUUAUGUUCUUUACUAGAGUUUCCCAUGGAUUAUUUUAUAAAAGAUAUAAUUUAUUUUUCUUAGAAUACUUUGUGAAUUACUUUAAUAACUUGUAAAACUUACAGUGAGCUUCGAAUUGAACUAUAUUUGACAUGACUGGUCUGCAUUGUAACAUGUCCAUAGGGAAAGCAAUCCUUCAUAAAUGUAGAAUCCUGGCUUUUAUUUUACUACACCAUUUCUGAAAUGAACAGUUAUUUGGCAGUGGGCUUCUUCUUACAUAAGAACAUUCUGACCGAGAUACGUAGCUUCUGUGAUUUAAAAAAAAAGAAAAAAGAAAAAAGAAAGACCUGCUAGAUGUCAAAUACAGUUCUAAAUGAGUGGAAGCUGAGGACACGCCGUCCUGGGGCAGGGAGACCCGAGCCUCUGCAUAUGCAGAAAGGCACGUUACAGGGGGCUCAAGCACAGGCUGUUGUGAGGGCAGAGAUUUUGGGUGCUGAACUUUUGAACUUUUUGGGUUCAAAUUCCAUGAGAAUUACAGUUUUAGAUAAGUCCUUAAAAAAGAAAUAUUGAAUCUUUUAAAUGAAGCCUUUGCUAUUUGCAGUCCUUGAAGGGAUUCAUGUAAGAGUUGAAGCAGUAUUAGAAAACUGACCAAGAGCAGGGUGAGGCUAGUGAAUCUUUCCUCUAGCUAUGGGUUGAGCAGCAGAGGGUUUUCAACUGUAUGCAGCUGAAAAAAAUAUACAUAUCAAAUGAAGCAUCUUUUAUGAAUUGCACAGAAACCUUUAUUGCCCUGAUGGUCACCUUGUGUAGAAAAGGAAUCAAAUUCAAGUUGGACAUCUCCAGUCACCUGUCUUUGUUUCUUGUGUCUUCAGUGCUGUAGUUGUUUCAUUUUCUAGUCCAUUGAACUUUGUAAAAAUGAUCAAUAUGGCUUUUAUUCUGUCCAGUAGUGAUUCUUGAGGGCUUUAGUUUAGUUUAGAGUCUGCCUUGAUGUCCUGCAAGUAUUUCAGCAGCCAGGCCUGUCCUCCGCUCUUUCUCCUCUUCUGUCCCUCAGCAUUCACCAGCUGUUUUGCACAACUUCGUGCAUGAACCUUUCUCCAGACUGUUUAUUUCAUUGGAGCAAAUCACAUUAUGAAUUACCUUGCAGCAUAUGCAUGGUAGCAUGUACUUACAGUAACUUAGAAGUGAUAGGAACUGUAUUUAAAAAAAAAAUAAUAAUAAUACAUAGCUUUA